UCUCAUUUGGCGAUCUCUACUGCCCUUCUGGUUUUUAUUUGUCUUGGUAGAUAAUAAUCAAUGGAAUGCUGCAGUGCAAUCACUAAAUAAGUAAUUUGGCUUUAACAAACCAACGAGCACGCGAUCAGAAAAGCCUUAAUUACAAAUAUAAUUUGCACCUAGAAGAACGAUUGAGAAUUUCGAUGCACGCAGUCUUUUGUCAGAGCUUGUCAGGGACUGACGAUGCAGGCAAGAGGGAGGAAAAUCCAGGCUGCUGCCACAGCUGUGAGCCGUUGGAGCAACCGGAACUUGGACGUGCCCUCGUUUACAAAUUUGCAACCCUUCGCGCCGGCCGUGCGCCGCGGAUUGCCUUCCGCAUUGAGUGGUCUGUCGAGCGCCGAUCUUGACCAUGAUAAUUGGGACCUAAAAAUCCACGCGUCCCAAUUCUGCGAAAAGACGUCCCUGCACGGUUUACAGUACCUUGGCGAGGACAAACGCCAUUGGCUUGAAAGAGUUUUCUGGAUGGUAGCUUUUGUGACGGCAAUAGCGGGUGCGUUCACUUUGAUCACGCAACUUUAUAGAAAGUGGGACCAAAACCCAGUGAUUGUGUCUUUCUCGACGAGCUCCACUGGCAUCACCGAUAUUCCAUUUCCGGCCUUCACCAUUUGCAACAUGAAUAACAUCAGGAAAACUGUCGCAAAACGAAUCUUACAAAGAAAAGGAUUUGCGCCAGAGGUUCAGAUGGAAAAAAACCUGCUCGAGGACCUUUGCUCGGUGGACGAGCCGCCUCCAGCACCACCUUCAUCCCUCGCUUCAAAUGAUAAAGACGCAACCACAACCGCGGCUCCAACUACCCCUGCGCAACGGAGCCCACCAACCUGGGCGGCCGUUAAGCAAUUCAUGAUAAAGGGUGCACAGCCGUGCCACGAAAUGCUGAUCGCGUGCGCCUGGAUGAGUGCCAUUAGGAACUGCACCAACCUUUUUAACACUGCCCUGACUGACGACGGCCUUUGCUGCUCCUUCAACAAAGUGCCCAGAGAGCUGCUUUACAGAAAUCCGAAGGAUCUGUCUGAUUUGAAUCUGACUUUCCCUUUUCCGUCCGUGGACUGGACACCAGAAGAAGGGUAUCCUAAGAAUGCAGAACACGACGCCCUGCCGUGGAGACCGAUUGGCGCCGGAAAGCAUUUGGGACUGACGGUCGUUCUGGACAAUGAGGUUGACGAGUAUUACUGCUCAUCAACUGCCUCCGUUGGGUUCAAAAUGCUAUUGCACAGUCCGGUGGAAACGCCCAAGCUAUCCAGUUUCGGCUUCUCGAUUCGACCCGCGACGGAAAACUACAUCACCGUGCAGCCGCAGGUGCGUCGCUCGACCAAGCCGGUGGCCAAAAUACCCCUGCGAAAACGCCACUGCUACUUCGCCUUCGAACGGCGACUCCGCUUCUACCGCACCUACACCAAGCACAACUGCAUCCAGGAGUGCGAGUCAAACUUCACUCUGUCCAUUUGCGGCUGCGUUCUCUACUUCAUGCCAAAGGAUCAAAAUACAAGGAUAUGCGGGAAGCGGGAUGAGAAGUGCGCUUCCGACGCUAGAGCUACGAUGGAGGUUAAACUUUACGACGAAUCGGAAAACGGAACUACGACUGAAAAACCGUCGUGCAAAUGCCUGCCAGGUUGCAGUGAAAUCACCUAUCAGUCAAAAAUCACGUCGUCACGGUUGUCGGACACUUUUAACGCAACUUUACGCUUUCCGCCUCUUGCAGACAAGAAAAUCAAUAUCUCCUACUUCAAAGAAAACUACGCAAUUGUUCAUCUCUUUUUCACCGAAACGGAAGUGGCAACUUAUCAGAUGGACGAGAUUUUUGGAUUUGCAGAUUUUCUAGGAAGCACUGGCGGUCUGCUAGGCUUGUUCCUCGGCUUCAGUAUUCUGAGUGUCGUUGAGGUGCUUUACUUUCUGACUCUGCGCCUAAUGUGUUCGUGGCGCCGAUACCACCCCGGAGUGAGUCCCACCUCGUCAGCGCGCAUCCCGCGCCGCCACGAGCCGCAAGACUUGCCGUUUGUUUUUGUUCAGUGAAAAUCGUCAAAAUUCAUUGGAUAACGUUUAUUUAAAAAUAUCAUUUACGCUGUAUAAUAAUCUUGCAAUAAAACUUUGCUUCUCGGCACAAUGAGUUGCAAUAAACUAUCU